UCUCCCGCUGUCAUAAACUGGUUGACGAUUGGACGAAGUGAGAUGCAUGACUUCCUGCCUCGGGAUGAUAGGCAAAGCGUCGGAAAUCGCCCUGCAUCAACGCCAGACAUCUAGCAUGGAGCUUCUUCACUAAUCAGGGCAAGUGGAGCAAAGAUAAGCACAUCCUGAUAGGCCUGUCAAUUCUCUCCGAUUUUAUCAUAGUCGCUUUUCCAGCCCAGGUUGUUCGGACUGCUUCCGCACAUGGUUGAUAGUAGUAAUAAAGGAUAUGCAUCGGUGGCACUCUACUUCUCCAACCAGGCGCGUCGCGGGUUACUCUGGAAAAGGGAAGAAACAUGAGUGCGCAGAAAGACGAUGAUAGUAAAGAGAAUGGAAUGUCAGCUCUGGCCUUGCAGCGGACUGUGUCCGGGAAGCAUGAGCAAACACAAGCUCCGCAUCAACAUCUAGAUCAAAACUUUAACGUUUUGUCUCUCAUUUCGACUGCCACUUCUCUAAUUGCUACAUGGGAAGCACUCGGAUCUACCAUGGCCACCGGCCUCAUAUCUGGAGGCCCGGUGUCACUGGUAUUUGGGUAUAUACUCGCAGUCUUAGGAACUUUGGCGACGGCGUUGAGCUUGUCUGAACUUGCAUCUAUGUACCCUUCAGCUGGAGGUCAGUACUACUUUGUGGUUCAGCUUGCUCCCAAGAAAUUUCGAACAGCAUGGGGAUACGCCGCUGGCUGGAUCUCCGUCUUUGCCUGGCAAACCUUCACUGCAAGUGCUCCGUUUCUUGGUGCAACAAUGCUUCAGGGUAUCAUCGUACUCAACUACCCGGAUUAUUCGUAUCAGAGAUGGCAUGGGACGAUGCUGUACUGGGCCUUUCUUGGACUUGCAACACUUGUUAAUGUCUUCGCCAUCAAGAGCUUGCCUUGGGUGUUGCAUGCAACAUUCUUGCUCCAUGUUGUACUCUGGCUUAUUUUAGUCGUCGUUAUCUGCGUUAUCUCGCCCACCAAACAUACCGCCGAAUUCGUUUUCACCACUUACGUCAACGAGUCGGGCUGGAGCAGCGACGGUGUAGCCUUCAGCAUAGGCCUACUGAGUAGCACGUAUGUGCUUGCUGGAUACGAUAGCGCGACCCAUCUCACCGAAGAGAUCAAAGACCCGGAGCGUAACGUCCCACGAGCUAUGCUAGCAUCAAUCAUCAUCAACGGCGCGAUAGGAUUUGGAUGGCUACUUGUCAUCUUAUUCUGUAUGGGCGAUAUCACCGAAGCGAUGGAGACAACGACCGGAUACCCAAUCAUCGAGAUAUUCUUCCAGAUAAGCCGUAGCAAUGCAGCGGCUUCUGCCAUGACCUGUGCCCUCAUCGUCAUGGCAGCUUUGGCAACGGUACCUCUUGUUCUGACCGCAUCUCGAAUGCUGUGGUCUUUUGCCCAGGACGCCGGACUGCCUUACUCGAAGACACUUAGCAGGGUUAGCGAGAGACACCACGUUCCCUUAUCAGCGAUAGCAGUGACCAGUGUGUUUCUUAUCUUGAUCGGUCUGCUAAACAUCGGUUCCACUACCGCCUUCAACGCCAUCGUCUCUUUGGGUACCGUCGCCCUAUACAUCUCAUACCUGAUGCCCAUAGUGCUCAUAUUUUAUCGACGGAUAGCUCGCCCAAGCUCACUUUUGUAUGGUCCUUUCCGGCUUGGGAAGCUUGGUAUUGCCAUCAAUCUUGUUUCUAUUGUUUAUACUGUUUAUGUAUCCAUAUUCCUUCUCUUCCCACCAUACCAACCCGUUACGGCUCAGAAUAUGAACUACGCCCCGGUCGUGCUGGGAGGCGUUCUCAUACUGAGCGCUGUGUGGUGGUUCAUAAAAGGAAAGAAUGAGUUCGUCGGGCCGGUCAUGGAUACAAUAGAAGGUCGACCUGCGCUGAGUGGUGCUCAAAGAGACGUAUAGCCGAGACUGGCGAUUGCUUGUCUGUGUGAACAUGGUCAUUAGCGUCGUCACGUUGAGGUGACGAGGUUGUUCGUAGAAUAGCUUUCACCCUGGACAGAAUAGCGAUUCUCCAAAGA